AGACGAUUCCCAAGUUCGUCAGUCGCGGCUCGGCGACGAGCGUGCACGCGUUUCGUUCGCGUUGUUCGCUCGUUCGGUUACGAAGAAAAUUAUUAAUUUUUCUUUUUUUCUUCUUUUUCUUUUAUAUAUAUAUAUAUAUAUAUAUAUAUAUAUAUAUAUUUUUUUUUUUCCCCCAUUUCUUCUUCUUCUUCUUCUUUUUCGAUCAUUGGAUAAAACUUUAAUUUAUAGACGUUAAAUUUUUCGUUUAUGGGAAAGUAAUAGAGAAAACGACGUGCACAUACGAACGCGCGCGCGCGCGCGCGCAUACAAAAACCGAUAGUGAGAUGAAUCAUGCCAAAGAGAAUAACCAAUGAGAGGAGAAGACGUACGAAUUCGGCCGACAUGCUGUUAGUACGCUCUCAGGACGGUUUAUCGACAAAAUUUCAACUCACGACGGAUGUUCUUCCUGUUCUUUUAUCGCAUUACGCCUUCGCUGCAUGUCGCUGAAAGUUUAUCCACGCGUUUCUGUAACCUCCUCGAGAUACAUGCUUGUCAGAAGACGUUAAAGUCAUAGAAAAGAAAAACGACGACGACGUAGGCAAGAUAUUCAAUGUGUACAGCAUUAUCAUCCAGGCAUUUGUAAGAUGAAACCGUCCAUGAAAAUGGGAGUGAUCGCCUUGAUUGGUGUUUGUGUGGUAUUUUAUCAAUAUCACCUGUCUACAGGAGUUAGAUUCGAUCAGGCGAUCGAUUUUAGUGCCGGUGGAUCUAUCGAUGAUGAAGUCGAAUCUCAUCAGAUUAAGUUCCCAAGGUUUACCUCAGAUAUGGUAAUGAACGCGGUACGUCGAGUACAAGAUUUGAAUGGUCUCAGUCCAGAAGUUGGUACAUUAUUGAUCAAAGAAAUAUGGUAUCAACUCAAUAAAAAUGUUCUUGAAAUUACGGAAAACGAUUCGCGAAUUUUACGACCUUGUUCAAAACUUGUCACUUCGAACGUCGCAUGUAUGCCUUCCUUAUCAUCAUCGUCCACGAAGAAUGAAAUAUCUUUGGAUCCUCUCUACAUUAUAACACCGACUUAUCGUAGACCAGAACAAAUUCCAGAGCUCACUAGGAUGUCUCACACGCUUAUGUUAGUUAAAAAUGUUCAUUGGCUCGUAAUAGAGGAUGCAUACGUAGCCACAAAACAAGUUACGAGAUUACUCGAACGUACGGGUUUAAAAUUCGAUCAUCUAACAGCGCCGAUGCCAGAAAAAUAUAAAUUUAAAAAUGGUGCAAAACCACGUGGCGUUUCUAACAGAAAUCGUGGCUUGCAAUGGAUAAGAGCAAAUGCAACGAAAGGUGUACUUUAUUUCGCUGAUGAUGAUAACACCUAUGACAUAGCUUUGUUCGACGAGAUUCGUAAAACGAAAACUGUGUCAAUGUUUCCGGUUGGUCUUUGUACCAAAUUUGGUUUGAGUUCUCCGAUUAUAAAGAACGGAACGUUUGCUGGUUUUUAUGAUGGAUGGGUCGCUGGUCGUAAGUUUCCAGUUGACAUGGCAGGAUUUGCCGUGAACGUUAAAUUUUUACUUCAAAGGCCAAACGCCACGAUGCCGUUUAGAGCUGGUUACGAGGAAGAUGGUUUCUUGAAGAGUCUUGCACCGUUAGAACCACGAGACGUACAAUUAUUGGCAGACAAUUGUACAAAAGUACUCGCGUGGCAUACGCAAACAAAAAAGAAUGAACCAAGUGCACCAUUGAAUAUGAAACUCUAUGGGUCGACAAAUCUCGUUAAAUUGAAGGAACAAAUAGUAUGAUGUCCGGUAAUUAUUUGCCGAAGAUAAAAGUCUCGAGUACUCGUCCGUUUUGUUUCUCGGACCUGUUUCUAACGGAUAGGUGCAAGAAAAAAAAGCUAUGUGAUUUAGUGCCUAAAGUAUUUCUCCUACGUGUAAUCUAAAGAAGAAAAAGAAGAAGAAAAA